UUCCUUCUUUCCACCGCUGGCCUCACAGAAGCCAGUCAAGUCUCAAAGAGCGGCUCAUAUUCGUGGCGAUGGGGACCCUGAGGCUCGUCACGGGCUCUUUUAUUAUUUCUGGCUUUUAAAAACCGUCCGUGUCACCGGGUUCAAUCAAACAAGCGGGGGAGACGAAGUGAGGAAAGCGCUCAGUCUCAGUGAGGGAAGAGAGAAGUGGACGGAGCGCAGCACUUUUCUCGCGCUAUGGCUGCGACGUAGCGCAACUUUUGGAUGACUGGGAGACUGUGCGCGCGUCGGUGAAGCAGCGUUAACUUUUACUGACUUUGGAAGAAACGAGAGGAGAUCACAGACAUGAAGAAGCAGUUCAACCGCAUGAGGCAACUUGCCAACCAGACUGUGGGAAGGGCCGAGAAAACUGAGGUGCUGAGUGAUGACCUCCUGCAGAUCGAGAGGCGGAUGGAGUUGGUGCGUUUGGUGUUGCACAACACGCACAAGAGGCUGGUGUCCUGUCUGCAGGGUCAACUCGGCACUGACACGGAAAAGAGACACAAAAAGCUGCCCCUCACGACUUUGUCCCAGACCAUGGAGGAAGGAGGUGGUCAACUGGGAGACGAGAGUCUGAUUGGCAAGAUGAUGGGUGUGUGUGGGGAGGCAGAGAGCAGGUUGGCCUUUGAGCUGAUGCAGCAUGAAGUGCAGCUCGAGAGAGACGUCCUGGAACCUCUUAACCAGCUGGCAGAGGUGGAGAUUCCCAAUAUACUCAAACAGAGGAAGCAACUCGCCAAGCUGGUUCUAGACUUUGACUCCGCCAAGACGAGGUGGUACCAGGCAGCGAAGUCCAACAACCCAGCCAUGGCAGCUAAGGCGGAUUCUCUCAAGGACGAGAUGGACGAGGCUCUGAAUAAAGUAGAAAUAUGCAAGGACCAGCUCUCCGCAGAUAUGUACAACUUUGCUUCCAAAGAGGGAGAGUACGCACGGCAUUAUGUCCUUUUAUUAGAGGCCCAGGCUGAAUACCACAGGAGUUCUCUGGCAGCUCUGGAGGCCAUGAUACCAGGAAUCCAAAUGCAGCAAGACUCGUGGAUGGAGAAGCCGGCGUUCGGCACAGCUCUGGACGAGCACCUGAAGAGGAGCUCCCGUGACAUCGCUCUGCCUAUCGAGGCCUGUGUCAUGAUGCUGCUGGAAACUGGCAUGAAAGAGGAGGGACUCUUCAGAAUAGCUGCCGGAGCCUCAAAGCUGAAGAAGCUCAAAGCCGCGCUCGACUGUUCCACCUCACAGCUUGAAGAAUUUUACUCUGACCCUCAUGCCGUCGCUGGAGCGCUGAAGUCCUACCUCAGGGAACUUCCUGAACCUCUUAUGACGUUUGGCCUGUACGACGAGUGGCAUAAUGCUUCCAAUGUGUCGGACCCUGACAAAAGGCUUCAGGCCCUGUGGGUGGCAUGUGACCACUUGCCAAAAACCAACAAAGCCAACCUCAGGUAUCUGGUUAAGUUUCUUGCUAAACUGGCUCAGGACAGUGACAUUAAUAAAAUGACUCCCAGCAACAUCGCCAUUGUCCUUGGACCCAACCUGCUCUGGGCGAAGGCAGAGGGGACACUGGCAGAGAUGGCAGCUGCUACAUCGGUCCAUGUCGUAGCCAUCAUUGAACCAAUUAUCCAGCAUGCUGAUUGGUUCUUCCCUGAAGAGGUGGAUUUCAACGUAUCAGGCAUGUUCGCCAUGCCCACCCACCCAGCCACCCCAGAUCCUGAAUCCGGCCUGGAUAGGAAGCGCCCUGGGAGCCUAGUGGGGCAGGACGGGGACAGUCACACGCCCCGUAAAGACAGCACUGUUAACAAACAGCCGGAUCCCACUCCACGUAGACCCAACGCUUUAAAUAGAAAGCAGCCACAACUAACCUCACCCACCUUCCAACCCCCAAUGCCCCCUCUGGAAGCCGGGGGUCCUACUCAGCCCGAGCUCCAGCCCCAGGCUCCGUCCCUGGCUGUAGAGGCUGAGCAGCCUGGCCUGAGUGGAGCUGGUAGUGCUGCUGCUGCUGCUGCUGCUGCUGCUGGCGGUGUUGGUGGUGGUGGGGUCCAGGUAGCCACAGUGCAACCUCAGAUUGUAACCCAGCUCAGCACAGAGGAGAGCAGCCCGGCCCGUGAACACAUGUCCACCCCUCCUCCCCAGAGGAAUGGUUCGGUCCAUCUUGCUGUCGGACCCCCUCAGUCACAGGGUGGGUCCAGGGGGCCUAGUCCACACAUGGUCCGCAGGGGAACCAAAAAACAGGCACCAGCUCCGCCAAAACAGGCCAGCCCAUUCUCCUCCCAGCACAGUAACACCCAUUAUCCACCCAUAAUGCCACGACGCCACUCCGGCAAAGACAGCCCAAUCCACGCCCCGAGCCACCCACCUCCACAGCCUCCACAGCCCCAUCAGGCCCAGGGGGAGUCGGAGCCCUCACCCCCCAGCACUCCCACCCCUCCUGGCACUCCACCUCAUGAUGGACCCCACUCUGGUCUGCCGACUUCCUACCACUCUGGGUCCCUCCCUCGCCCCUCUAGGCCAGCGCCAAAGCCACGACCCCGACCCAACAUGCCGCCGCCCCCUCAACCUGCAGCCAAUGACAGUGGAAAUGGCCUCUUUAACUCAGCGUCCAAGAUUAUAACAGACGGAGGCCUCGUCCUGAAGGGGCUUGGACGAGCCCUCAUCCCUGCGGUUAUUGUGGAUCAACAAGACGAGAGCUCUGCUGGUCAAGAGCCCAACUCCGACCCGGCGUCACCGACGAAUCCUUACGCCGAUUCAGAGAGCACCGUGCUCUGAAAGUAAGAGGGAUCGCCAUCACCCUCCUGAUUUGAAUGUUUAGUAUCAGUUCGCUCCACAUGCUCCUGCUUUCUAAGUAAAUAUGUCAAGCAGAAACAUUGUCUUUUUACAGUGUUGGCUUAAACCCCAAAACCCCUUUUGAUUACUUUUGUAUAUGAGAUUUCACAGUGAACAGCUUUUUUUUUUCUCUGGACUGCAUACUGCUGGGUAUUAAGAGAUUGGACUAUAGAGCCUUGCAAGCCUCAGUGGGACACAAACAUAUAACCUCAAAAAUAUUCUAUAGCAGCUGAACGCAAGAGUGCCGGUGAAGCUUUCUUCUGUACCCUAAUAUCUUGAUAUUGAUUUUCUUUUCUUUCUUUCUUUCUUUCUUUUUUUUUUAAAGUUAAAGAUUCAGUGCUGACAGAUCUGUGGUUCUGGUUUUGGCACCAGGUCUGACCUCAUUGAUCGUUCAUUUAUUCAGCAGCACAGUUGUAUACAGUAUGUGGAGCUUUUGUGAAUGAUCUAUUUAUCUUUUGAAAAGAUCCACAUUCAGACACAUUUCUGGCUAAAUGUGAUGUUCAGCUGAGAGGGGUUUUUGAGUACCUGUCACACAUUUCAACACCAGAACAUAAAAGACCAAAGACAUGGCCAGGAGCCAAAUGUGCUGCUUGAUUUGUAUUAAGGUUGUUAAUGACCAAAUGUUUUGUGCAAUAUAAAAAAAUGCAGUCAAGUCUUCCAAUAGUGUCCCUGUCCUAUAGGACACGUCAGGCUCUUUACUCUGCUUUACUGUAUUUCAUUAAAUAAAUCUAGUGAUCCUGUGGGGUAUUGUUAAAUUGAGUUUUCCAUCAGAUCCUUUUAAGUCCAGCUGACUUGAUUUAAGUUCAAAAUAGUGCAAAGAUUAGGUUUUUAUUGUAAAAAGGGAUUGAACUGAUUUUUAUAUAUCAUAUCUUGUAAAUGAUUACUCCCACUUGAGCUCAAAGCUUUGGCCAAAUGCUGCUCAACAACGGAAAUCUCCUUUUGUGUAUAAUUUUUACUCCAGCUGACAAUCUUUACCUGGUUGUGGUAUUUUUAAGCUCUUUGAUUAUGUUGCAUCGUUACUCUUAAUAAUAAAAUACUUCCAAAUUUGUA